AUGUCUGAGCUGAACACUCAACCUGCCAAGCAGGCAGAUGAGAACGUCCCAAGCUUAAAAUCCCUCAAAGAUGCGAUCCCGAAAGAGUGCUUUGAAUCAUCUCUUUCUACCUCUCUUCUGUACCUGGCCCGUGACAUCGUCUACUGCGCAACACUCAUUUAUGCCGCCUCAUUCAUCCAUUUAAUCCCUUCUUUGCCUCUUCGAAUCAUUGCCUGGGUUACCUACGGGUUCUUCCAGGGCUGUGUUGGAACAGGGCUAUGGAUUCUGGCUCACGAAUGCGGCCAUGGCGCCUUCUCGCGGUAUCAGGGUCUCAAUGAUUUCAUUGGGUGGGCUACACAUUCAUUCCUCAUGGUUCCCUACUAUUCAUGGAAGAUUACCCAUGCUCGGCAUCAUCGUUAUACCGGUCAUAUGGAAAAGGACACCGUUUUUGUUCCCUGGACAGACAAAGACCUUGCGACAAAGAAGAACGUUCAGAUCGAGAAAUUGAAGCACCUUGCAGAGGAAACCCCGAUCGUCUCUUUCAUGCAGCUUAUCGGACACCAGUUGAUGGGAUGGCAGCUCUAUCUUUUCUUGAAUGUGACCGCUGGUACAAAGAGCGGGCCUGAUGGUAAAGACAAAAUCGAAUUUGCGAGCCACUAUAAUCCCUCGAGUGCACUCUUUGCGCCCUUUCAGUGGAAGUAUAUUGCAUUGUCCGAUCUAGGACUGAUGAUCAUGGGCUCUAUCUUGUGUUACACGGCAUCUAUUAUUGGGACGUGGAAUGUCGUACUCCUGUACGUCAUUCCAUAUCUUUGGGUACACCACUGGCUGAUUGCCAUCACAUAUCUUCAACAUACCCAUCCCGCCGUUCCACACUAUACCGCAGAGGCUUGGACCUAUACGAAAGGUGCACUGGCGACAAUUGAUCGCACGACAGGUUUCAUUGGUCGUCAUUUCUUCCACGAAAUCAUUGAUUAUCAUGUGGUUCAUCACCUCUUUAGUCGUAUUCCCUUUUACAAAGCGGAACAGGCUACCAAGGCAAUCCAGCCUCUGUUGGGGGAGAAUUACCAUGAAGAAAAAGAGGAAAGCUUCUUAUACUCGUUGAUGGUGACCUUCCGAAAGUGCAUUUAUGUAUCAGAAAAGAGGCAGGAGAGUGGACAGCCCGGCGUCUUGCAUUUUGUAUUGGCAGACGACAGGAGGUGA